CAGGACGCGGCUGCGCGUGUUUCUACCGGGCUUUACGUUGCGUUUAUUUGAACGUGUUUUACCGCUAAAAUGACCAAUACGCAUGUGUAUUCGACGUAACAACAGUUCAAAAACAAAAUGAAGUGUCAGUUCUUACAUUUAGUUCCGUGAAGUGAUUAUUAUUUUGUGUUUAAACGACAUAAAAGGAGUAAAACAAAUGUGUGUGAUCCAUGUGUGAAUGUUGUGCUACAAGAUGUGGUCGAGAAACUUUAUACCGGAUUAUGGGAUUAACUUGCUCUCCAUCGUCCUGCUGACCACCUUAGCGGCCACAAUCCAAGGAGCCGAAGGUUUCGUGUCGUGUUCACCGUCGCCGUGCAAAAAUAGUGGAACGUGUCUCUCUACUACGCGGGGGGAGUAUUUUUGCAAUUGUACAUCGCGCUACGCCGGCGAGUUCUGCCAGCAUCUCAACCCUUGCCACAGCGAAUCAAGCCCUCGGUGUCAGAAUGGAGGCUCAUGCAGGGUCAGGCCCGGCGCCGGGGGAGGCCCGCCCUCCUUCGCCUGCGACUGCCCUCUCGGAUUCAGUGCCUCGUUGUGCGAGAUAAGAGUGCCUGCUGCGUGUGACUCCGCUCCGUGUUUGAACGGUGCUACGUGUCGAUUGACGUCACUUGACACCUUCGAAUGUGAUUGUCCUCCAGGGUACACAGGCGAAGAAUGUUCACACGAAGACCACUGCGCAUCCCAACCCUGCAGGAACGGAGGACGUUGCGUUGCAGACAAUACAACGACAGUCGGCUACUCCUGCGCUUGUCCACCUGGCUUCACCGGCGCGCGAUGUACUGAAGACGUGUUCGAAUGCUCGAGUGGAUCCGGUCCUUGUCACCAUGGGAGAUGCUUCAACACCCACGGUUCUUACACCUGUGUUUGUGAGCCUGGGUAUACAGGCAGGGAUUGUGACACGGAGUACGUGCCCUGUGAACCGUCCCCUUGCUUGCAUGGUGGGAGGUGCACGCAGCUGGAUCAAUUACGAUACGAGUGUGAUUGUCCUACUGGUUACCGAGGUCAGAACUGCGAGAUCGACAUCGACGACUGUCCGGGCCACCUCUGUCAGAACGGUGCCACGUGCGUGGACGGAUUGAACUCCUACAACUGCGAAUGCCCUCCCACCUUCUCCGGCACUCUGUGCGAGACGGACGUCGACGAAUGCGCUUUGAGGCCGCUGGUAUGCCAGAAUGGAGCGACAUGUACGAACUCAGCAGGCGGGUUUUCGUGUAUCUGCGUCAACGGGUGGACUGGUCCAGAAUGUUCCGUCAACAUCGACGACUGCGCCGGCGCAGCUUGUUUCAACGGCGCAACCUGUAUAGACAGGGUUGGGGCCUUCUACUGCAAGUGUACACCUGGGAAGACUGGUUUACUCUGCCACUUGGAUGACGCGUGCACAUCUAACCCGUGCCACGCCGACGCGAUCUGCGACACUAGCCCCAUCAACGGAUCCUACACUUGCUCCUGUGCGUCCGGGUAUAAGGGCUUGGAUUGUUCGGAAGAUAUUGACGAGUGUGAACAAGGCUCACCCUGCGAACACGACGGCAUCUGCGUCAACACCCCUGGCUCCUUUGCCUGCAACUGCUCCGUCGGGUUCACCGGACCGCGUUGUGAGACCAACGUCAACGAGUGCGAGAGUCACCCCUGUAGGAACGAUGGCUCCUGCUUGGACGACCCCGGCACCUUCCGAUGCGUAUGCAUGCCUGGUUUCACUGGAACGCAGUGCGAGGUGGAAAUAGAUGAAUGCGCCAACAACCCUUGCCUCAACGGAGGCGUUUGCCACGACAUGAUCAACGCCUUCAAAUGCACCUGCGUUAUUGGAUUCACCGGUGCCCGUUGUCAAGUUAACAUAGACGACUGCGCGUCGAGUCCGUGUCGCAACGCAGGUACUUGCCACGACUCCAUCGCUGGAUACACCUGCGAAUGUCCUCCGGGAUACACGGGGAUGUCUUGCGAGACCAACAUCAACGACUGUCUCUCCGCGCCGUGCCACCGAGGCGAGUGCAUCGACGGCGACAACAGCUUCACAUGCAAUUGCCACCCGGGCUACACCGGCCGCGUGUGCCAGACGCAGAUCAAUGAGUGCGAGUCCAACCCCUGCCAGUUCGGAGGACAUUGCGAGGAUCUCAUAGACGGAUACCAGUGUAGAUGCAAGCCGGGCACGUCGGGCAGGAACUGUGAGAUCAAUGUCAACGAAUGCUACUCCAACCCGUGCAGAAAUGGAGCCACGUGUAUUGAUGGGAUCAACAGGUAUACGUGUGAGUGCAUCCCCGGCUUCACUGGCCAGCACUGCGAGACCAACAUCAAUGAAUGUCUGUCCAACCCGUGCGCUAACGGCGGCAAGUGCAUCGACCGCAUCAACGGGUUCCGCUGCGAGUGCCCCAGGGGAUACUAUGAUGCGAGAUGCCUUUCCGACGUGAACGAAUGCGCCUCAAAUCCAUGCAUCAAUGGCGGCACUUGUGAAGACGGCGUCAACCAGUUCAUCUGCCAUUGUCUCCCGGGAUACGGAGGCCAGCGCUGCGAGCGCGACAUAGACGAGUGCAGUUCCAACCCGUGCCAGCAUGGCGGCACGUGCCACGACCGGCUCAACGCGUACAAGUGCGACUGUGUGCUGGGAUUCACGGGUGUGAACUGCGAGACCAACAUCGACGACUGCGCCGGCAACCCGUGCCUGCACGGCGGCUCGUGCAUCGACCUCGUCAACGGGUACCGCUGCGUGUGCGCGCCGCCGCACUCCGGCCGCAACUGCGAGAACACGCUCGACCCCUGCCUGCCCAACCAGUGUCGGCACGGUGGUCGGUGCAUUGCGGAGGCGUCGUACGCAGAGUUCACGUGCCAGUGCCCGGUGGGCUGGACGGGCGCGCUGUGCGAGCGCGACGUGGACGAGUGCGCGGUGACGGCGCCGUGCCACAACGAGGCCACGUGCAUCAACACCGAGGGCACGUACGCGUGCCUCUGCGCGCGCGGCUACGAGGGCAAGGACUGCGCCAUCAACACCGACGACUGCGCCUCGUUCCCCUGUCAGAACGGAGCCACAUGUCUGGACAGUAUAGGCGACUACAACUGCGUGUGCGCCAACGGUUUCGCGGGCAAACACUGCGAGAUUGACAUCGACGAGUGCCAGUCCCGACCGUGCAUGAACGGCGCCACUUGCAACCAGUACGUGGCAUCCUAUACGUGCACCUGCCCGCUCGGCUUCUCGGGCAUCAACUGUCAGACCAACGACGAGGACUGCACCGAGUCCAGCUGCAUGAACGGCGGCUCCUGCAUCGACGGCAUCAACUCCUACAACUGCUCCUGCCCUCCUGGCUACACGGGCUCGAACUGCCAGUUCCGCAUAAACAUGUGCGACAGUUCCCCCUGCGACAACGGCGCCACGUGCCACGACCACGUCACGCACUACACCUGCCACUGCCCCUACGGGUACACCGGCAAGCACUGCGAGGACUUCGUGGACUGGUGCGAAAACAAUCCAUGCGAGAACGGCGCGACGUGUUCACAAAAAGGCCCGCAGUACACCUGCACUUGUGCGCCCGGCUGGUCCGGCAAACUCUGCGAUGUUGAAAUGGUCUCCUGUAAAGAUGCGAGCAUUCGGAAAGGAGUGAAACUAAAGCAACUGUGCAACAACGGAUCUUGCGAGGAUAUCGGCAACUCCCAUCGCUGCCACUGCCUCGAUGGAUACACGGGCUCUUAUUGCCAGAAGGAAAUCAACGAGUGCGACUCCGCCCCGUGCCAAAACGGAGCGGUUUGCAAAGAUCUAGUUGGUACCUAUCAGUGCCAAUGCACCAAAGGUUUCCAAGGACAGAACUGCGAGUUGAACGUCAACGACUGCCUUCCCAACCCUUGUCAGAACGGAGGAACCUGCCACGAUCUGAUCAAUAACUUCUCCUGCUCUUGUCCGUUUGGAACUCUUGGAAAAAUUUGCGAAAUCAACGUCAACGAUUGCAAACAAGACGCUUGCCACAAUAAUGGCUCUUGUAUCGAUAAAGUUGGCGGUUUUGAAUGCAAAUGUCCUGCUGGUUUUGUAGGUCCGCGUUGUGAAGGCGAUAUUAACGAGUGUUUAUCCAAUCCGUGCUCAAAUCCUGGAACGCAAGAUUGCGUGCAACUAGUCAACGAUUAUCACUGUAAUUGUAAACCUGGGUUUAUGGGCAGGCAUUGCGAUGCUAAGGUCAAUUUCUGUGCAAACUCUCCGUGCCAAAAUGGCGGCAUUUGCACUGCUAUCCAAGGUGGACACGAAUGUCUGUGUGGCGAUGGAUUUUAUGGCAAGAAUUGUGAAUAUUCAGGAUACGCGUGUGACUCGAAUCCUUGCCAAAAUGGAGGCUAUUGCCGGACAAUGGAAAACGGAGACUACGUCUGCAACUGCCCGUCAGGUUUGUCCGGUGUCAACUGCGAAAUAGAUUCUAUGAACGAAUGCCUUUCGAAUCCUUGUAAGCAUCCCGAAGCCCGGUGCAUAGACAAGCCAGGGGACUAUUUGUGUUACUGUCCCAGACAGUGGACCGGUAAGAACUGUGAUAUACACGACCCUCAUUCUAGAGGAGGCUACGGAAGUCCGGUAUCUGGUGUGUACGGCAAAAAUCCAGUUCUGACUUUGCAAGAAUUAGACUUGGCAUUCCAAAGAGAACAAUGCGUAAAAUUGGGCUGCAAGGAGAAACAAGGCGACCAUCAUUGCGAUGAGGAAUGUAACACGUUCGCAUGUGAAUUUGACGGAAACGAUUGUUCACUCGGUAUUAACCCAUGGGCGAACUGCACGGCUCCGAUAAAAUGCUGGGAAGUGUUCAUGAACGGGGAAUGUAACGAAGUUUGCAACACUCAAGCUUGUCUCUUCGACGGCAGAGACUGUGAGAAGUCCUUGCAAAAAUGUAACCCAGUGUAUGACGCGUACUGUCAAAAGCACUAUGCUAACGGCCAUUGCGACUAUGGAUGCAACAAUGCUGAGUGUAACUGGGACGGCCUGGACUGUGAAAACGAACCACCCGAUCUAGCUGAAGGUGUAAUGUCAGUUAUAUUGCUGAUGGAUAUGCGAACGUUCAAGGAAAAUUCAAUUGCAUUCUUGCGAGACUUGGGCCAUCAACUACGGACAACAGUACUAAUAAAGAAAGACCACUUGGGCAACGACAUGGUGUUCCCAUGGAAAGGUUCUACCGAUGUCGGUCUCCAAGACACUGAAUUCGGGAAGAAACACCACAUCGUGUAUACAGAAAGAGGUCAAUCGGGAGUGCAAGUUUACCUAGAAAUCGACAACAGAAAGUGUACAAUGAUGUCUGGGUCUGAAUGUUUCUUCUCGGCACGUGAAGCAGCAGAUUUCUUAGCAGCUACAGCGUCGAAGCAUUCCUUGUCACCAGAUUUUCCAAUAUUCCAAGUAAAGGGGGUCACUACUCCCGAAGAUGGCGAUAUCCCAACAAACUCCAAAUACGUAUUCAUCGGUGUUAUCCUCGUGCUGCUCGCUGGUCUCCUUAUUGGAGUUCUAGUCACAGCACAGAGGAAACGCGCUGCCGGUAUCACAUGGUUCCCAGAAGGAUUUAUUCGGAAUAAUUCGUCAACUAGACGACGUUCCCGACGUAGAGGUCCUGAUGGCCAGGAAAUGCGGAACUUGAAUAAGGGAUCUAUUGGUUGUAUAGACGUUGAUAUGAAUGGUGGUCAUAUGGGUCCUCCUCACUGGUCUGAUGAUGAUGAAGAUGGUUCCGCUCCUCCGAGGGCUAAACGACCUCGAGGUCCAGGUGACGCGAAUGGUGCCCCAGGGGGUUAUGCCUCUGAUCACACAGCUAUUACGGAUUAUGAAGAAGCUAGUCACGAGCCUAGGGUCUGGACACAGCAACACUUAGACGCUGCAGACAUCAGAGUUCCACCGAUGAUGACGCCGCCUGCUAUCCACGAUGGUCACGUAGACGUAAACGCGAGAGGUCCGCUCGGGAUGACGCCUUUAAUGGUGGCCGCCAUCAGAGGCGGAGGCUUGGACACCGGCUCUGAUGUGGAAGAGGAGCAAACAGCGCACAUCAUAUCGGAGCUGGUGGCUCAAGGAGCUCAACUCAACGCUGCCAUGGAUAAGACUGGAGAGACCAGUUUGCAUCUCGCUGCAAGAUACGCACGCGCGGACGCAGCGAAGCGUCUCUUGGACGCCGGCGCGGACGCUAACUCGCAGGACAACACAGGCAGAACUCCGUUACACUCUGCGGUCGCGGCGGACGCCAUGGGCGUGUUCCAGAUCCUGCUGCGGAACAGGGCGACCAAUCUCAACGCUAGGAUGCAUGAUGGAACUACACCACUUAUAUUGGCUGCGAGGCUCGCGAUCGAAGGCAUGGUGGAGGACCUAAUAAACGCCGACGCGGACAUCAACGCGGCGGACAACAGCGGCAAGACAGCGCUGCACUGGGCCGCUGCCGUCAACAACGUGGACGCGGUCAACGUACUACUCGUCCACGGCGCCAACAGGGACGCACAGGAUGACAAGGACGAGACCCCACUAUUCCUCGGCGCGCGGGAAGGCUCGUACGGCGCCUGCAAAGCGCUGCUAGACGCCAUGGCGAACAGAGAGAUCACGGACCACAUGGACAGAUUGCCGCGGGACGUCGCACAGGAGCGCAUGCAUGACGACAUCGUGCGGCUACUGGACGAGCACUGUCCUCGGCCGCCGCAACACCAUCAUUUGAUGGCUUCACCGAACCCCCACCCGCAUCUGAUCAGUCAGCCGACAGUAAUCAGCUCGACCGCCAGCAAGGGGAAGCCCAAAAAGGCGCGCGCGAAACCCGGCCCCGACAGUCCACAGGAGCAGGCGUACGACAAUAACAUGCAGCCCACGCAAAUAAGGCGGAAGCCCAGCGUAAAAAAGAACAAUAAGAAGGUGGCGCAGGAGGUGCCACAAAGCGUAGAAAGUUUGGGAUUCAGCCUGAGUCCCGUCGAAUCACCGCUGCAAAAUUUACAGGACCUACCGUCGCCGUACGACGCGACGUCGCUGUACUCGAACGCGAUGGCGCAGUUCCCGGCUGUGGAGCAGCUGGUACAGCACAAGCAGCCGCCCAGCUAUGACGACUGCGUCAAGUACGUGUGUCCGCAGACGGGGCAGACGCUGCAGUACGGCGGCGGGGCGCUCGGCGCGUCGCUCUCGCCGCCCUACUCCAACCACUCGCCCACGCACAGCAACCAGACCACCUCGCCGCACGCAUAUAUAGGCUCGCCGUCGCCGGGCAAGUCGCGACCGUCGCUGCCGACGUCGCCGGCGCACAUGGCGGCGCUGCGCCACCACCACCUCGACGCCGCCGCCUACUCUGCGCUCGCGCACCUCAGUGCGAACGGGCAGCACAACGCUCAGCUGCAGGCGGUGAUGACGCACGCCGCAGCGCUGGGGCAGGUGCAGGGGGCGCAGCACCCCGCCAUCACGAACCUCAUGUCUGGUCUUUAUGGAAGUUGGGGUAUGGGAGACACGUUCCCGACCCCCUCGCCAGAGUCCCCGGAUCACUGGUCGACCCCUUCGCCGCAGACCCCGCUCACUCAGUCCCCCCACUCGGAUUGGUCGGACCGCGCCGCCUUGUCGCCUAACGACAUACAACAGACAAACAAAGGUGCCACUGAAGCGUUUUAUAUAUAAUCUGUUAUGUAUUAAAUUACAUAGUCAACAAAAGGUACUACUUUACGAGGGUAGUAUGAUUUUUAUGUUACAAAAAUUGUGACUGGAAUAUACCUUUUCUUCUAUUUUUUUUUAAAUUAUUCUUUUUGGUUUGAGCCAAUGAGUAUUGACAUAAAAUUUACUGUUCAUCUUGCAUUUUAAUUUGUCAAUAUAUUAUUAAAUUCACUGUCAAAGUUUAACAGCUAAUGUAAAAUGUUUUUAACAAUCAACGAUUUGAACACUUUUGAUAUUAUUAUUAUUAAGACAAAUGUAAAUCGGUGUUGCCCUUUUAUAAAAUUCUACUUUUGUGGUAGUUUUAUUUUUACAACUUUAUUAUGAUACACAAUGUAUUGAAAAAUGUGCUAAAAUUCAUAGAAUAGUUAUUUGUGUCUUGUAUUAAAGUUUGGAAAUCUCAAGGUGCUAGGGUGCCGUAGGUAGAUGAUAGACUGAUUUGUAUAGCCAUGACGUAACUAGCAUAGUGCACUGGAAAUGACAAUAUACUCUGAUGUAGCCUUUUAGGUGUAUUUUUGGUAGGAGAUCAUUCCAAAAAAAAUUGGAUGAAAUUAAAAAUAAAUAUUUUAAAUAUUUUUUUAGAUCCAAUAAAUUGAUGGUCUUCAAUAGAUUUUAAAAACAAAUUAAAAUACACCAGAUUUGUAACACGGACGCCGUGAACUAAAUAGUUGUUAUUGUUAAAUAUGUGUUUUUUAUUCAUUGUUUUAUAAAAAAAACGCUGUGUUUUAAAAAAAUAAAAUAAUAUUUAAAUGGGAAUUAUGUAUCAACAUAUGAGAUUGUUUUGCGUAAUGACGUGAAAGGAAAUUAUUUAUGUGUGAUUCUUUAGCACGUAAUAUUUUGUAAUGUACUGUAGUGUAUGUAGAUUUUUUUUAAUUUUAAGUAAAUUUUAUAGGUUAAGGUUUUAGGUUAUAAUUUUAAGUUAUUGACUUUGAUUGACGCCUGCUUCUUUUUUAUUUUAUUUUUAGUUUUUUUAUUUCUUGUUUUAUGUUUGUUUUUAUAUUUAAACAAUCUCAUUAUGUGUAAUUAUACUUUUUAUUAUGUGUAACUUACUUUUAUAUACAUGACAAUAUAUUUUUCAACGGGCAUCAAUCUCAGUUGAGUUUUGAACAUUUUGUUAUAUCUUCCGCUUUUUUUAUCAUUCCAAUAUUGCUUCCAAAUGUUGUUUAAAGGAGACUUAAGGUUUUUUAUUAUCAUGAUAUUAAAAAUACUCCAUAAAGAUUACUCUUAUAGCCUUUAUUAGCGUUUUUGGCCAUAAAAAGAAACAAAUUGAAUUAAUAAACUUAAAAUUAGUAAAGGCGUAUAAACGCGUUAAAAAACUAGUACACCUUCAGUCCCCUUAAAACAAAUGUAUUCCAAAAGUACGUUCACAUCGUACAGUAAGAUCUCAUCAUUCCAUUGUUCGCUUUAAAUGAAACAUAACCUUGGGACCAAUAUGCUCAAUUUUGUUAGAAUUGUCAAAUUUGCCUUCAUGUAUUUUGUAAUAUAUUGUUUGAUAAGUAAAUAUUUUAGUUUUUGAGCUGAUGAAUUUUCUGAGUAAAGUUUUUUUAUAUAACUAUAUACUUAAAUACAGUAUAAAAUACUUUUUGUCAAAUAUUUCAUCAGCUCUUGUACUAUUCUCGUUAGCUAAGUUUUUAAAACUGCUAUCCAUCUCAUGUCAGCUGCGCCUACAUAUUUGUAAAUAUUAUUUUUAUCAUUUAAAAUUAAUAUUUAAUGAUUGAAAACUACUCGAAUAAGUUCGAUCUUCGUAGUUUUUUUUCUCAAAAUAGAUUUUUAGUUAUAUUUUUUUCACUGUGUCAUUGUUAUGUGCCAAUGAGCCAAGUUUUUGAAUAAUUUGAAAGCAAAAAUGAUGUGACUAAACGGCCUAUUUUCAUAAAGUUUUGAUUUGAUGGAGUACAAUUUGAAUAAGAUAUUUGUUGUGUCAAAUGUACUAAGAUUCUAAAUUAUUGUUAACCAAUUAAAAACAAAAUCAAGUUUUAAAUAAAGUUCAAAAUUAACCAUCUGUACUAAAAUAUUUUUGAUCAAAAUUAUGAUUUUUAGUAGAAAUUUUGCUUGAAUAAUGGCAACAUUAUACUCUAUCAAUGUCAUAAUUUAAAAUGUUUAUGGUGCGUAAAGUUAAUUCAUAGAUUCAAUAAACAUCUGAUUUAAAAACUUUUUAGUGAUAAUAUUAAUAAUGUGUAUUACUAAUAGAUAUAAGUAGGGUACGUAAAUAAAUCGAAACGCGUGCUUCCUUUAAAUGCAUUCUAAGAUAAAGUAUAGUAAGAAAAUAAAAUAAAAUAUUUAGCAAAAUUUAAAAAGUACAAAAUAUCUUUCAAAUUUUUUCAGAGUAUAUUUGUAACGUACUUCCGUUAAAUUUUAAGGGGGUAUUGGGAAUUCAAUAGUACAAUAAAGUAAAAAAUACCUUGAAUAAAAAAAUAUAAUAUUUAUUACUUUCGUCUUUCACAUCUCAAAGAUUGCUUUUCUAUUAUUUUAAUUGCGAUAUUUAUUCAAAAUUGUAUGUACCUACGUUCAAAGACCCUGCCCUCGUUUCUAGUAAAUAAAAUACCUACUUAGGCUCAAAAAAUUCUUGGCACAUUGUUAAAAAGAGUUAUUUACUAAAUAAUUAAACAAAUGUAAAAUUAAGGCACAAAACACUGUCAAUCUCGUGGUGCCUUACAAUUAUAAUGAAUUGUAAUAAACUAUUAUAUAAGGGAAAGUUUAGUUUUUAAGACAUCUGUAAAUACACUUUUAUCAUUAUUUUUAUUAUGAAAUGCAUUUCAUUGUAAGAUUCUAAAGUUUCAGGAGAAUAAUUUUUAAAUAUUUUCCCAUAAUUGACAAUAAAGGAAUAAAUUUUAAA